AUGCUUCAUAGUGUAGGGCAGAUCUUGGCCAAAUACAGAUCGGGAAAGCUUCCCAAGGCUUUCAAGGUGAUUCCAUCUCUUGCAAACUGGGAAGAUGUAAGUUGUGUACUUAGUUUGCUUCCUACUAGUUCCCCUAUAAAUGCUCUGUUGCCAGAGUGUCUUUUAUGUACAGUAAACCCUAUGGUAGGAAACUUCCUAGUUAGCUGCCAUCCUCCCUUUAGCAGCCACUUUCCAGGAUCCUGAGAGACAAAAAUUGUCAGUAAAUCGCUGUAAACACAGGGUUUUCAAUAAGAACUGGCGGUCUGCGAAAUUCACCAGCUAUUUCACGUGAACUCGCUGCCCACUUUUCUUUGGAAAUUACCCCAGUUUUUUACAAACAACUUGAUUUAAAACAGAUACUGAAACAACUAAUGGUUCAUAGCUAAUGGCAAAAAGAAAUAAAUUUAAAAAAUAGAGGAUUCAUGUGCUGUCGCUAAGUAGAAAAGCCAAAUUCAAUGAUGUCUGUGUUGUGUUCAAAAACUCUAAUUUUUGCUCCAGAAUGCUGGAAAUGCAUGGUAAGAGGCCCAGAUUUGAAAAUUGGACCCCCCUAGAAACUUUUGCCUUGGUGUGAGUUUUUUCCAUCUCUGCCUACUCCAAAGCUUUUGCCACCUACUUAAAACAUUAUUGAAAAACCGUUAAACAGAACCAUUAUUUAGUGACCACUUGUUCCCCUCUGAGAGUUGCCAUUCUAUAGAGAUUUGAAAGUAAUGUUUAACAACUUUUCCUUCUAAACUUCCUUCUAGGUCCUGUAUUUAACAGAACCUGAUAAUUGGAGUGCAGCAGCUAUGUUCCAGGCAACAAGGACAUUUGUGUCCAAUCUCAAUGUUAAAAUGGCUCAAAGGUUUGUAAAUAAUAAUAAACAUGGAAAUAAGAAAAGUUCACAAGUUAUUUUUUCAAUUAAGUGAGCUGAUUUGAAUAAAUAUUUUUUUUCUCUCCUCUUAGGUUUUUUAAUUUAGUUUUACUCCCAAGAGUGAGGGAUGACAUUACAGAGUAUAAGCGGUUAAACUAUCAUCUUUACAUGGUAAGACACUCAGAGUUGUAAUACCACAAAGAUCAGAUUUACUAGUUACAUCACUUCUGUAAUGCCAUUUGACAUUCAACUGAAAACUAUCUUAACUAUAGGAAACAUUAAUUUAUUAUUUUUAGAGAUUCUAUUUCAAUCCCAUUCUCUUUAUCUUUGUCUUUCAGUCUCUGAAAAAAGCUCUGUUCAAACCUGCUGCCUUCUUCAAGGGAGUUUUGUUGCCGUUGUGCGAGGUAUGUGACAUAUUAUGGAUUCAAAAUAUCUCAGGCAGAUCCAGAAUAUUCAGAUCGCGGGGGCCUAGGACACUAGCCAGCUUUAGAUACAGUUUGGGGGGAAGGGUUGCCCAGCCUAGGGGUCCGUUUCUCGAAAGUCCCGGUAACUUUGCAGGCCCGAAAUCAAAUAUUCAAAUCGAAAUAUAAAGAAUAAGAGCGCGGGUCCUGGCGAGAAAACAACUCCAUUUUGUUUCAUUAACUGACAGUUUUAUCAUGUUAGAUGCAAAACUAUUGAAACCUCGAUCUUUAAUGUAAACGGAGACAGCUUACCGGACCCGUUAAUUAUCGGGACUUUCAAGAAACGGGCUCCAGCCCUUAAUCCACCCUUGUAUCCAUUAUUCGUGAUGACCCUCAGUUCUGGAACACAGAAUCGUUUUCAAGUCUUACUCACAAUUCUUUAAAAUGUGGUUGUGGGUGGUGGUGGUUUGGGAUGAGUGGGGCACUGUGGUCCCAUCAACCUCUUCCCUACAUCUGUCCAUGUAUUUGUCUUGAGUGAUAGCCCUCAGUUUAAGAACACAAAUUGUUUUUAAGUCUUUAUUUAAAUAACGCUAUAUACAUGAUAUCAGUAACAUGUUACUUACAUAUCUGGUUACCAUAUGCAACAAAAAUGAAGAAAAAAGGUAUUAAAUCGACGGUGAAAUUUGUCUUUAACAGACAGAAAACCCUAAUAUUCAGUUACAAUAGUUUCACACCAAGUAUCUCAAUUUACCUAAGUAUUUUUAUUUUUAUUAAAAAAUUACAAACGCAUUGAUAUUCUUUAAGUAAAUUUAAGCGAAGUUGUGAUGUGGUGAUAAUUUUUUUGCAAGGAUUUGUAAUUUUAAGAAGCUGUUUCUUUCUUAACCCUUAAAGCCCCAGUAUCCACAUACAAAUUCUCCAAACUGAUCUCCAUACAUUUCCUUUAAGAAUUAGUUGAGAGAAUUUAAUAAAACAUCAAGGCAUUUUCUCUUUCGUGAUCAUUUUUUAUAUUCUCACAACCUUAUCUUUUGACAAUGUAUGGACAUUGUUAGGAGAAAAUUGAUGUUGGUCACUAUUGGGACUUAAAGGGUUAACUGGAAACCUUUAACUCUGCAGUCUCCGAUAUUUUUAGAAUUGUUUCAGUGAGUUUUCAAGACAGAGAGAAUUAAAUAGUGUUCAUUGGCUUUCUUGUUUUUAAACUUUAAUGAGCAGUCUAGAACAUGUACCCUUCGCGAGGCUAUAAUCAUGGGAAGUCUAAUCUCCAAGACCAGUAUUCCAGUUCUUCACGCAAGUGCUGCCAUGCUCAAGAUUGCUGAGAUGGACUAUUCAGGUAUUUUGCACCUACAUGUAUGAACUCUUUUUUUGUAAUUUCUUCACCCUUUUCGUCCCCAGUGCUGCCAAAGUAGGCACCUUACGAAACAACGACGGCAACGGGAAUGGCAGAAAAGCAAUAGGUUUAGUUAGCAACGACUACGACGUGAAAUGACCAAAUUUUAAGUUUUUUUGAGGAUGGGAACGGCAAGGCGAUAAAUUCUACCAUCUCUGUCUGAACUUGGGCAUGGCCCCUCUCUUCAGCUCCAACAUAAAUUCCCUUCUUUUAAGUAUUUGGGCGACUUGGGAUAAUCGCGAAAUGCUUUGAAAGGAUGCGGAGUAUAUUUUUCAGGGAUGUUUUUCAUAGAUGUUGCCGUUGUGGGAUCGUAAGGUCCCUAAUAGCAAAAUAAAAGACACCUACCUAUGAAAAUUCUAUCAUGUGAAAUAUUGUAUAAUAGCACCUUGCUUAUGGAAGUAAUGUCAAACAAUGGUCACAUUCUAGGAUUUCUUCUGUAGACUCAAAGUUGGGACUGUUAAGGCAUAGCAAAAAUUAAUAGUAUCAGGUUAAGGUAUUAUUGAAGAGGUUUCAUUUGAAUGGUCACACCACAGAAUUUCAUCCACAGACUCAAUUAAAAAUAUGUAAUUUUUUCCCGUCAUGGAAGCUGAUGUUUUGAGAGAUCGCCCUUUGUCACAACGCUGAAGAAAGAAUUGUGGUCCUAAACUUUUUUAUAAAAGAACGUUCAGAAUUUGUUACUGCAGUUUUUAUUUCACAACUUGCUUCUUGUUUCACUGAUCAACUAAAAUAGCAUCAGCUAGUUGAAAACCUCACCAGGUUAUUAAUGGAUUUGAUUUUUGUUUAUUUCAGGUGCAAACAGUAUUUUCCUGCGGCACUUUUUCGACAAAAAAUAUGCAUUACCCUACAGAGUGAUCGAUGCUGUAGUAUAUCACUUUUUACGGUGAGUUGACCUUAAGUUUUUAUUUAUUUUAUUUAUGACUUAUGACUGUGUCAAAUGUUUUAAGUUCAAUAGGCUGUUCAUGAGUCCCCGACUUUUCCGUAACGAGAACUAGCGCUACAGGCGGUCGUCUGACCGCUUCUAGCCUAAAGAUGACGAUGAGCGCUCGAUCUAGACGAUCUUACGGAAAAGCGGAGACUGUGAACAGUCUUAAAGUUUUACCUUUUUUUCAUCUGUUAGUUACCAUAGUAGCAAUCUAUGUUUUUUUUGCUGUCGGCUAUUGCUGAUUGUGUUUUGUGUUUCACUGAUCUCAUUCAAGGAAAAAACUAAUGAUCCCCCUCCCGUUAUCCUUAAUCUCUUGCAUUGUGGUUUUAGGUUUUUAUCUGAUCAACGUUCCCUUCCAGUGCUUUGGCAUCAAAGCUUGCUUACUUUUGUACAAAGGUGAGUGAUGCUACUUAACGGGAAGGGACAAAACUCGGCAAGACAAUUCGCCACUUUAUAAAUAGCCUGCGUGGCAGGCACAAAAAGGGGAGGGGGAGGGAGAAAAGCGCGAAAACGGGGAAAAAGGAAUCAAUCCCCUCCCUUUUUUCCUUCCUCCCUAUCCCCUACCCCUUUCAAUUCCUGUUACGCAGGAUACUUUGGAAACGAAAUUGUCCAGUUUCGAAUUAAAAAUUACNGGGGAAAAGGGAAUCAAUCCCCUCCCUUUUUUCCUUCCUCCCUAUCCCCUACCCCUUUCAAUUCCUGUUACGCAGGAUACUUUGGAAACGAAAUUGUCCAGUUUCGAAUUAAAAAUUACGCUGAAUACAAACAUUAACGGCACAUAUUUGUGUGAGACUCGCACAAAUAUGUGGGAGCUAGGCCCUUCAUGCACCUAAACGUCAUUUACCGGUAGCCAUUUGAUCUCACGUAACGCAGGUGUUAUUUGCUCAAAUUUCUUGGUUUUUGUGAUGAUUCUGCACGCGAAAUUCUGAACAGCUUGAAGCUUCUUGAUGUUUGUGGCAGUUGUGUUUGAUCCGCCCAUUUCGGCGUAAGACCAAAAAAUUUCCACAUUCAAGACCACUACGGCUCUUCGGCAGUCUUAGUGUGUGGUAAGUAAUGUCUAGAAAUUACCUUGUAACCUCGAGAAGUAAAGGCAUUGAACCAGAGUGGAUGUUUGCCAAACAUUUUGAAUUAUUUUUGUAGAAGGUAACCUCCACUUUAUAUGUUUAAGGACCUGUCUGAAAAGGCUUUUUGUGAUAAAUAUCUCAAGUUUGUACACUUAUUUUUGAACAGGUAUAAGGAGGAUAUUUCCACUGAACAAAAGGAUGCUCUGAUGGAAUUAUGUAGAGUUCACGUCCAUGCACAGGUAAGUUAUUACCAAGGGCUGAAUAUUGCUUUACAUGGACCCGGUUGUCAGUUCCCUUGGUCCCAAAAGUACCAAUCUUUUAAUACAGUCUCGACCUCUAUAAUACAGGUCACACCUCUCUACUACGGACAGUUCCCUUGGUCCCAGACGUACCAAUCUUUUAAUACAGUCUCGACCUCUAAGCUACAGGCACCUCUCUACUACGGACAGUUCCUCUGUCCUGAAGAUACCUAUCUUCAAACAGUCUCGACCUCUAUUAUACAGAUAUCUCUCUACUACGGACAGUUCUCUUGGUGCCAGAGGUACCAAACUUCAUGCGAUUAGCUUUACCUCUAUAAUACAGGCACCUCUCUAUUACGGACAGUUCUCUUGGUCCUAAAGAUACCCAUCUUCAUACAGUCUCGACCUCUAUAAUACAGAUACCUCUCUGCUACGGACAGUUUCCUUGGUCCCAAAAGUACCGAUCUUUUAAUACAGUCUCUCAGACCUCUGUGAUACAGAACCUCUGUACCACGGACAGUUCUUUGUCCCGAUGAUACCAAUCUUUGUACAAUCUCUACCAACUCCCUAAUGCGGACAACUCUGUAAAGCGGGUACUUGGCUCUAUCCCUUUAGGUUAGAGCCAAGUCAUCAAGGAUGAAGAUUGGUAACUUACUGGAAAUGCAAAAGUGUUAUUCACCGGUAACUUCUUAACUCAAAAAAGUAAUUUAUUUACGUCUGGGUUUUUGUCGUAGAUAACAGCUGAAGUUCGUCGCGAGUUGAUUCAUUCCAAGUCGAGGGAAGAAGAAGGAGAAGCAAUGGAUUUGUAG